CUAAGCAGGACGCUAGCAACAGGCUGCAGCGAGACCCUACUGAUUAUACUGUUACCACACCAUUAUACUUGCGCGCACUGCACACGUUCGACGAAAUGCCGCCGCGAGCCCUCCACUGAGAUUCGCCCGCAUCUCCUCCGAUUCCGCCCCUUCCGUCCCCAUCUCCGGACCCGGCUGCAUCUCCGGGCUCGGGCCUUCUUGAUGGUCCUUGGGGCCCGGGGGCCGAGGCCGAGGAGGCGGAGCGCUUCGCGGCGAUGAGCAGGCUGGUGUCGGGGCUCCACCGGCUGCGGAGGUCGCCGUGGGAGGUGCUGUGGUCGGCGCUGGCGUCAUGCGGACUGGUGCUCUUCUCGCAGCUCGCCUUGGCCAUGGUGCCGCGCCUCUUCCCAUCGCUCUCCCUCCUCGCCAUGCUCCCCAUCGCAGGUCUUGUGUUCCUCGCGGCUAUUGUGCUGGGCCAACUGUGGAGGCGGUUCAUUGGGGUGGCGGCGUCGGCACCGCUCUUCGUGCUCUUCAACAUCCUCCUCAUGUGGGGCGUCUACAUCUUCGUAAUCCGGAGAGACACUUCUUCUCUGCUGGACAUGCUAAUAAAUGCUGAGUGUGCACUGCUUCUGUGGGGACUUUACAGGAUUUUGUCUGGUGAUCCUGGUAUUGUUGCUUGUGAUUCUUCGUAUUUAGAAGAAGCUGGCUGCAAGGAUUUUGUGGAAGCUGUUUACCCUAGUGAGAAACUCCCAACCCUCUCAAGGGUCAGGCAGUGUAACUGGUGCAAAGCAAAUGUUAGGGGCUAUGACCACCAUUGCCCUGCAUUUGGUACUUGCAUAGGACAGAAAAAUCAUCGGCUGUUUAUGGCCCUUUUGACAGGAUUUGUCGUUGCUGAAUCAACAUAUACAAUGUGCUCAACAAAAUAUAUCACCAGAUGCAUUAAUUCAGGAACUAUAAGGUCAGAGAAUCCUGUAUCUCUGAACAUGGUAAUCAGCACAAUGUUCUUCUCAAUCCUCCAAGUGCUCUGGCAGAUUGUGUUCUUGAUGUGGCACAUAUAUUGCAUCUGCUUCAACAUCAAGACAGAUGAGUGGGUAAUGUCAAAUUUCCCAUGCUUUGGACUCUUUCUUCAUCAAUUGCAGAUCUUCUUCUCGUUAGCUGUUUCUUGUAGCUAAAAGAUUCUGAAGUCAAGUUUGUGAACCCAUAUGACAAAGGCAUGCUUUGUAACAUUAGAGAAUUUUUGAAGCCGAAAUGAUAGAAAGCCAAUUUUGAAUAUGAAGAGUACGAAGACCUCUGAUGGAGCUAGAAACAUGGAAAAUCUGAAGUGCGUCACGACUGGAGAACAAUACCCAGAAUUCUGGAAGCUUGUUUUUCUAGUUACUGCAGCAUUGAUUGAGAUUCCUUGUUGUGAGCAUCAUUUGGACUCUGCUGGCUGGAUUAAUUUGCAUUUAGCAUUCUUUUGAAAUUAUAGGCAAGUACACACCUUGUAGCUCUAGAAAACUGUUCUUCGUAUGGAGUUCACAUCGUGCUCCUGUAACAUUUUUUGUUGCUCCCAAAAUUUACUAUACCAAUAGUGCCAAAUUUAGACAGUAUGAAAGUCCAGCUAUGAAUUUGGGCACCCACCAAGUCAAGAUUUUGCAAGAAAGUAAGAGCAAAUUUCAGAAAUCCUGGUUUUCUGGUCGUAAUACUGGAAAAUCCGGUAAGUUUGUAUCUGGCA